CUCAAACAAUUGGAUAACAAGUCGAUUGGAGGGUCUUGAGGCCGCCAAGGCUACCUCAGCAGCCAUUGAGCUUACAAAUCCUGGAGCCUUUUGCGAAGAUGAGAGUGGCAGCGCUCUACUCUCUAAACCGGGGCUCGAAAUUGACAUUGAUGAGUUGGCACCGCCGCUUCCUCCUGACGGUGGGUGGGGUUGGUUGGUUGUACUUGGCUCGUUUGUUAACAUGAUACUCGUCGAUGGAAUGUGCUUCUCUUAUGGUAUCUUUCUUAGUGAACUUCAAGCCAGCUUUGAGGCCUCAAAGAUGGCAAUCACACUUGCUGGAUCUUCACUUACUGGCACAUAUUUAAUAGUCGCGGGAGUUCGAAACUGGAGCUGA